CACACACGGAUCCCCUCUCUGGCAGUGGUUUGCUCCUCACUCCAGCUGAUCGGCCCAGGAUUCCCCGGUGCUUCUGUCCGUUGUUGGCUUUGACGGCUCCAGUGUCUAAACGCCGAUUUACACGGUUUUAAUUACACGAAGUCAGUGGCCGCUCGUGUCGGCAAAUCGUUUCUCAUCUAGUGAAACUCUGAAGGAUAAUCUGGCCAGCGUAUUGACUCAGUACUUGUCAAAGACAGGGGAUCUAAACGAGGCCCUCCAUCCCCGGAUUCACCUGCUACGCGGAGAGCCUCACACGGAAUACCGACAUGGGGGACACGGGCAGCGAGGGCAGCAAGCCUCCGAGUAACGUUAACGUUAUACCCCCGCGCUGCCCCUGUGGUUUCUGGGGGUCAAGCAAAACUAUGAAUCUCUGCUCAAAAUGUUUUGCAGACAUUCAGAAGAAACAGCCAGGCGAUGAUUGUACGCCAAAGGCUUCCUCCAGUGCCAGCAGCAGCCAAGCAGACAUUUUCUGUAAUGAAACAAAUAGUAACAUUAGUCAGUCACUGGUGUCAGUGCCUAAUGCACCAGAAGACCCUUCGCCAGGAGAGAUGGGAGCAUCAUCUAUACCUGCUCAGGAUGUAUCCAGCUCAGAUGCAGUCUUCAGUUCAUUCUCCACUCCUACGAAACGCUCCUUUGAGUCAGCCUCGGAGUCAGAAAGCGACGCUUCACCCGAGAAGCGAGCGAGAGUGGGUGAGGUGCCAGAGAUUGAGGAGGCUUCAUCAUCAUCGUCAUCUUUUUCAGCAUCAUCAUCAUCAUCAUCAUCACCAUCUUCGUCUCGCAGCGGCACUAAACAAAGGAGCCGCAAACGUUGCCAUCGCUGCCAAACCAAACUGGAGCUGGUACAGCAAGAGCUGGGUUCCUGUCGCUGUGGUUAUGUCUUCUGUAUGCUCCACCGGCUGCCAGAGCAGCACGAGUGUCUGUUUGACCACCUGGGUCGUGGUCGUCAGGAGGCUGUCCUAAAGAUGGUCAAGCUCGACCGCAAGGUGGGCCGCUCAUGCCAGCGCAUCGGAGAAGAGUGCUCCUGAGCGGCUUUUCCCUCUGAAGAGUCUCGAUGUUCAUAUGGUGUCUUAGCACUAACAGGGAUUAGAUUUUUUUUUUUUUUUUUUGCUCUUCUCAUUUUGUUUUUCAAGAUUUUUGCGGCUUUUUGGAUACAAACCUCCACUCUUUUCUUUUAAAUUAUGCCGUUCUUUUUGAGAUUCUACUGCUACCCAUGUACCUGUUUGUUUUCUGCUUCUGUUGGCUACAUCAUAUCCCUGCUGCUAAGAUGCCUUUUGGGAAAAUCCAAACCCAGGAAUGACAGAACAAUAAAAAAGAAAGGCAAUAUACAGUUUCUUCACUUUUUUUGCAAGCUCCUGACUACACAAGUGUGAGCAGAGUAAGUAUGACUAAAAGGAUGCAGAGAAGAAAUGCAAUGCUUUGGAAGCCAGUUUAAGACAGUACUCUUUACCUCAAAAAUUAAAAACAAAACAAAAAAAAAACAAAGCAAAAUAAAGAAAUGACAAAGAGGAGGAGGACGGGAUGGUUACCUUUUGUGUACAAUUCUGCUUUGGCGAUCUUUAUAGACUGUGCUCUUUACCUCAAAAUCAGACAGAGCUGCUUUGUAUUCUGCGCCAAUCAUAGACUUGGUGAAGCAAACUGAGUUAGCCAGCCUCAGUUAAAGUCAGUGUCUUAACCCCCCGGCCAUUCUCUGCCCCUAAUACUACUAAGCUUUUAGAAAGACAAACACCUAUUGAUCAUCCCCCUCAGGUUAUCAGGAUAUCCAGGCUCAAUCAUCACCCCUCCUGCCACCAACUUGCAUUCUUCUGUUUUCCUCCACGGGACACCUUCUACUCCUUUAUUUGUUCAUUUUAAAAUUGUGCUGAAGAUGUUUCAGAUUUGUUUAGGAGGCCAUUGUGGACGAUGAAACUGGAGUGCAGUCCAACAUUAUGCAGGUGCGAAUGACCUGGUUGUUCUUGGAUUGCACACACAACUGUCUUCAACUUUUGGAUUUGAUAGAUCAAGACUUAAUUUGUGUGGGGAUUUUCCCUCUCUUCUUCUUAUCGCUCUUCUUAUUCUCCUCUGUCCUCCCACACAUAACAUGUCCUCCUCACACCCACAGGUCUCUUUUUGGGAGCGUGUGGAUUAUGUGUGCUGGAUGUGUACGAACAUCAGGAAGAGAACAUGUAUGGGACAUGAUGUAUAUUCAUGUGUGCGUAGGAUUUAUGACUGGACCUGAAAGUGUCUACAUCUACAUGUCCACACAUCACUAUACUUUUGCAAAUAUACACUUAUAUGUUAUUUUAUGUGCUUAGCAUUUCACAAGCAGGUGAAAUCAGACAUUGCCACAAACAUCGAGUUUGGACUGAAGCUGAGGUGGCAGCGUGUCACUUAGAGGUUCCUGUUAAAGAUGGUUGAAGGUUGUUACAGUUCAGGUUUCUCAUAAUGUCUUAGGCCUUCAUUUCAAUUAUGCACAUUUCUGUGGUGAUGUUUGGCACCAGUUUUGAUCCAAGACUUCUUAUUGUUUGGUUUUCACUUCUUUUACCAGUACUAUAAUAUCCCUCCUUCUAUCAAAGCCCCGUGUUUUCAUAUCUAGUUGGUAUGAUGAGCUCAUGUGCGUUCUCCUCCUCCUGACUUUCAUUUUGUUUUCUCAUUUUUCCCCUUAUUGAUUGCUCUACCCCCCCCCCCCCCCCACCAACACACACAGAAACAAACACACCUCCCUUGUUGUAGAUGAGGGUAAGCACUUCUUAAAGUUAAAAUCAGCAAAUAAUUACUUUCCAAAUGUUUUCCUGGUGGACUGUGGGAAAGAUGAACAGAAAUGCAUUAUGAAUGAAUAUUCUGUAUCUUAAACCUUAUUUAACCCCUUUCUGCGUUUCACUUACACUUAAGCGUAGAGCAGCUUUUUUGGUUGUAAUGUGGUCAUGAAAUGGGAAAAUGAAUGUGGAAAAUUCUGUAUUUUUGUUUCAGUUUCUUUAAUUCUUGCUUCCCCUUUCCAGCUUUUUCUUUUACUGAGAAAGAAUAAACUGGAUUAGACAAAGUGUGAA